AGCAGCACUUUCACUUCCCCCAGGUGCCCAGCCCCUGCUCCAGCGCACAGGAUCACCUUGAUCUGCACUUGUUGCCAAGAACAGGACACAGACUCCGAGAGAGGGACAAUGACGGGAAGUGGGGGUGUGGGGAUGGGUAGAUAAACAGAGAAGGGAGGACAGGAAUGCAGAGAGAGGGGGCCAGAAAUCCAGAGAGGGAGAGGAUAGACCUGGGGAAGGUGGGGGACAGAGACCUAGAGGAAAAGAGAAGGACAAAGAUCCAGAGAGAAAAGAACAGAGACCUAGAGUGGGAGGACAAGAGACUGGGAGGACUGGGCAGUGGGGACAGAGAGGACGCAGAGAUGGCAGAGCUUAGCAAGCGGUGAGGUCAGAGUGUCUGUGAGGUCGGCUGCUGUCCAGGGCCAGCCUGGGGUCCUGGUGCCCAGAGUAGAUGAGUGCAAGUAGAUCACGAUCCCCAGUGGGUCCCCUGUUCUGAGCCAUGGAGACUCGGGAUGGCCUGCCUGGUGUGUCCUUGGUGCCCACAGAUUCCAAGGCCCCUCAGGAGAAGAUGUCGGCCCAGGACGGCUGCCUCAGCCUCAUCAAGUACCUCCUCUUCGUUUUCAACCUCUUUUUCUUCGUCUUUGGCAGCCUGAUUUUCUGCUUCGGCAUCUGGAUACUCAUCGACAAGACCAGCUUUGUGUCCUUUGUGGGCUUGUCCUUCAUGCCCUUGCAGAUCUGGUCCAAGGCCCUGGCCAUUUCAGGAAUCCUCACCAUGGGCCUGGCCCUCCUGGGCUGUGUGGGGGCCCUGAAGGAGUUCCGCUGCCUCCUGGGCCUGUAUUUUGGGACACUGCUGCUCCUGUUUGCCACGCAGAUUACCCUGGGAAUCCUCAUCUCCACUCAGUGGGUCCAGCUGGAGCGGAAAGUGAAGGACGUCGUGCAGAAGACGAUCCAAAACUACCGCGCCCACCCGGAGGAGACAGCGGCAGAGGAGAGCUGGGACUACGUGCAGUUCCAGCUGCGCUGCUGCGGCUGGAACUCUCCUCAGGACUGGUUCCACAUCCCCAGCCUGAAGAGAAACGAGUCGGAAGUGCCCCACGUGCCCUGCUCCUGCUAUAAUUCAUCAGCGACCAACGACUCCGCAAUCUUCGAUAAGAUCUCCUUCCCCCAGUUCAGCCGGCUCGGAUCAUCGGCCCCGCCUCGACACAAUGCAGACAUUUGCGUGGUCCCUGCAAACAGCUACAUCUACCGAGAGGGCUGCGAGUGGAACCUCCAGAAGUGGUUGCGCAACAACCUCAUCUCCAUAGUGGGCAUCUGUCUUGGCGUGGGUCUCCUUGAGGUGAGUGUGGCAGGGCUGACCCUGCUACUACCGCGCAGCAUGCUCCACCGGGAACCCCAGCCGCAGGUCCCGGAUGCCUACUGUUCGAGCACCGGGCCCGGGCCGAGCACUGAUGGCGGCGGCGGGCGCUAUGGUGUGCUGAGCAGCAGCGGGCGUAGCGGCAAUGUGUGGGGUGGCUGGGGUAUGGCUGAUGCCUGCCCCAACUGGGGGGACAAGGCCCCGCAGGGCAAGCUACCCAUGGCUCUGGGGCCCUGGCCGCUUUGGGAUCAACACGAGGAACAACUUGAGACCGGGAGCUCGGGCAAAGAGGUGGAGGCCGAGGUGGAAUUAGAGGCCGAGACGGAGGGGGAGACAAAUGAGCCUCCGGAAUAAAGGACCCUGGGCUUACUCCGAAUCUCACUCAAGACUCUAGACUUGCGAUAGACGCAGCUAGGUUCCCUUACCCAACCCGAUCCACCGCUCUUAACUUCCCCCAAACUCCGGUCCCUGACCCGGUCUUUCACAACCAGGGUCAAGUCUCUCUCUAGCCCCGCCCACCUUUUAUCUACUCCUUUCUCCACACCUCCCAUAACGCAGCCCCGCCCAAUUCGCUGGGCCUUAUUUUCUUCCCAUGGCCCCACCUCCUAAGCCCCUAAAUUUCCUCCCUUGGGACUCCCCCAUUACCCCACCCCUCUACUCUCCUCAGCAAACCCGCGACCUCUCUGACCACGUCUCCUUUC